AUGACUCAAAUCUUUGGGGGGCAUUUAUUUGGAGGUGCUGAGGUCCUUCUGCUUACAACAAAGUCAUGUGACCACUAUGUGGCCAUCUACAAGACCUUGCACUAUGCAACCAUCAUAAACUGGAGAGUAUGCAUGCUGCUAGUGGGAGUGUCCUGGGUGGGAGGCUUUCUCCAUGCAACCAUCCAGCACCUCUUCAUCUUCCCACUACCCUUCUGUGGCCCUAAUGUCAUAGAUCACAUUAUGUGUGAUCUGAACCCUUUGCUCAAUCUGGACUGCACUGAUACCCACACUCUGGGGCUCUUUGUUGCUGCCAACAAUGGGUUCAUCUGCCUGUUAAACUUCCUCUUCUUGCUGGUCUCCUAUGUGCUCAUCCUGCACUUCCUGAAGACUCACAGCCUGGAAAGCAGGUGCCAAGCCCUGUCCACCUGUGUCUCCCACAUCACAGUGGUCGUCCUGUUCUUUGUUCCCUGUAUAUUUGUGUAUAUGAGACCUCCAACUGCUUUACCCAUUGAUAAAGAAGUUGCUGUAUUCUAUACUAUGAUUACUCCUAUGUUAAAUCCAUUCAUCUAUACCUUGAGAAAUACUCAGAUGAAAAAUGCCAUUAAGAAACUGUUUAGCAGCAAAGACUUUCAGAUGACAGAUUAA